CCAUUGCUUUUUGCCUUUUUUAUUUAAUUUAUUUUCUGUUUUGGAUUUUGAAGCUGUUUGGUUACUGAGAAAGUGGAGUAAAAAGGAGAGGAAAUUUUAAAUAUUGGGAUGGGAUUUGGUUUUGAACACCCAUUCACUUUGAAUCAAUGGAAUAUUAAGGGUUCCAAGUUCUGUUAUUUGCUUUCCUUUUUCUCAGCAACCAAACAGAGUAUGGCUAGUGGUUUUCCUGUGCACACUGUGGUGUUCCACAGCGGAUUGACGAAAAGCCAAGUGCUUAAUGCUCCAUUUGGUUGCUGAGAAAGUGUGGGAAGGGGAAAGAAACCUUAACUAAGUGAAGUGGUUGUGUUUGUGUUGGUUGAAGGGAGUUUUCUGCUUGAUCCUGGUCUUAAAUUAUGAAAAGUUCCUGAUAGUGAAUCUGGGAAAUUUUCAGGCUGUUUUUUCUUUUUCCAGGAUCUGAACUUAUCCGAACUAUAGAAUUUAUGAUUUCUUUACGAUUUUCCAUGAUAUUUUUCUAUAAAAUUACGAAAAAACUCAUGCUAAAAGAAAACUCUAGAAUUUAUAAUGCAUAAAUAACCUGUUCUGCCAAUGAAAUGUUGGGUUCAUUGUUGUUUCAGUUAAUGGCGUGUUCUUAAAAAAAUCCGGGCAGUAGAAAGUGUUUGUGGUAGUUUUAUCAGCUUGCUUUGCUCUAGUUUGUUGCUUAGUUGUGAGCAUUCCAAUGGGACUUUCAAUUCUUUUCUUCCAGCUGUUUUUUUUUGUUUCAAAAUGGUCCAUGAAGAAGAAUAGACUUGCAAGAGGAAAUUCAAUACUUUGGGGGAAAGAGAACUCUUAUUCCUUUGAAUUUUUGAAACUGUAAUUCAAUGGUAGCCUACUCCAAACCUGUGAUCUUUGUUAUAUUGCCUUCUUUGAAGCUAAUAUAAUAGAGGCAAAAUGUUUUGUUGCCUUGAAUUUGCUUUGAAGGUCCUAGUGCAGAAAGGAUACACAUUACAGGGAAGAUUUCCAAAGUCGAGAGGAAUGUUACAUGGGUAGUUGGGAAAUUUAAGUCUAUAUUGUGAUCUAGAAGUAUCAAAGAAGGGACAGGACUCUUGUAGUUUUGCAUAUAUGAGACAGCUCAAUCACUCUAUAAUCAUUUUCCAAAGAAAGGAAGAAUUGCUGGUAAGAUGACCAUAGAGGGCAGUUCAUCUUGAAGAAAUCCUAAGGUUCCUAACAUAUUUGAUUUGGAAACCCAGGCUUGAAAUAGAAAAUGUCACUCUCUUCUCUCUACUAGCAAAUUUAGGAAUCAGACCAUAUGUAGAGUAGGAUGAACUUAUAAAUUGGACUUAUGGGUCCUUAAAGAAGCUGGGUUUGCUCAAAAGUUAAUGAUAAGUAUUCUCAAUUUCUUUACUUGUGCUCUUCCAUAGCAGCUUCUGAAAUUCUUUUAUAGGUACUUUUGAUCUUUUAAUAAUUGCCUUCUUGUAAUUUCUUCUUUGCUGCUUGUGUAGGUCUGCAUACAGGUUAACAGGGCAUUUCCUUCAUCAGCAUGGUACGAGAAAAGGAUGUUUGUUGGGAAUAUGCAGAGAAGUUAGAUGGAAACAAGGUGAGAUGCAAAUUUUGCCUUAGAGUUUUAAAUGGUGGCAUUAGUAGAUUGAAGCAUCAUUUAUCCCGGCUUCCCAGUAAAGGUGUAAAUCCAUGUAGCAAAGUUAGGGAUGAUGUUACUGAUAGAGUGAGGGCCAUAAUAUCAUCAAAAGAAGAUGGGAAAGAAACUUCUAGUGCUAAGAAGCAAAGAGUAGCAGAAGCUAAAUCUCCUGGAAAUUACUCGGCAAUUAAAGCUCUCAUGUCUGUAGAGACACCAUCACCAAUUGCAAAAAUUUUCCCACCUAUCACUCACAUGGGUCCUUCCUCAUCAAAUGAUGGAGAAAAUGCGGAGAGGAGUAUUGCUCUGUUCUUUUUUGAAAAUAAGCUAGACUUUAGUGUUGCUCGUUCUUCAUCCUAUCAGCUAAUGAUAGAAGCAGUAUCAAAGUGCGGUCAUGGAUUUAGAGGCCCAUCUGCAGAAAUCCUGAAGACUACAUGGUUGGAAAGGAUUAAGUCUGAAGUGAGCCUACAGUCAAAAGACAUUGAAAAGGAGUGGGCUACCACAGGCUGUACCAUCAUUGCAGACACAUGGACAGACAAUAAAUCAAGAGCUUUGAUUAACUUCUUGGUUUCAUCACCCUCCAGAACUUUUUUCCAUAAAUCAGUGGACGCAUCCUCAUAUUUCAAAAACACAAAAUAUCUUGCUGAUUUAUUUGAUUCUGUUAUUCAAGAUUUAGGCCCUGAUAAUGUUGUGCAAAUAAUCAUGGAUAGCACUCUCAAUUAUACUGGUGUAGCUAGCCAUAUCGUGCAGAACUAUGAAACUGUGUUUGUGUCUCCCUGUGCUUCUCAGUGCUUGAAUCUGAUUUUAGAGGAUUUUUGUAAGAUAGAUUGGGUGAACAGAUGUAUACUGCAAGCACAGACUAUAUCAAAGUUUAUAUAUAAUAAUGCAUCAAUGCUUGAUCUAAUGAAGAAAUCCACUGGGGGACAAGAUCUCAUUAGGACUGGUAUAACAAAGUCUGUUUCCAACUUCCUCUCAUUGCAGUCUAUGUUGAAGCAGAGGCCAAGAUUGAAGCAUAUGUUUGGUAGCUCAGAAUAUUCUACAAACUCUUACUCAAAUAAACCGCAAAACAUAUCUUGUAUUGCCAUUCUUGAAGACAAUGAUUUCUGGAGGGCAGUGGAAGAGUGUGUGGCGAUUUCUGAGCCCUUUCUGAAAGGGUUAAGGGAAGUUUCUGGAGGGAAACCUGCUGUGGGAUCUAUAUAUGAGCUAAUGACCAGGGCCAAGGAAUCAAUUAGGACAUACUAUAUUAUGGAUGAAAGUAAGUGCAAGGCAUUUUUAGAUAUAGUAGAUGGAAGGUGGCGGAACCAGCUCCAUUCACCUCUACAUGCGGCAGCAGCAUUUUUGAACCCUAGCAUCCAAUAUAAUCCAGAAAUCAAAUUUAUUGGAGCUAUAAAAGAAGACUUUUUCAAAGUUCUGGAGAAGCUUCUUCCAACAUCCGAUAUGAGACGUGACAUCACAAAUCAAAUUCUUUUGUUUACAAGGGCGACUGGGAUGUUUGGUUGUAACCUAGCAAGGGAAGCACGUGACACAGUCCCACCUGGGCUUUGGUGGGAACAAUUUGGCGAUUCUGCACCCGUGUUGCAACGAGUUGCCAUUAGAAUACUCAGUCAAGUUUGCAGCACUUCUACUUUUGAGAGGCACUGGAACACAUUCCAGCAGAUCCACUCUGAGAAGCGAAAUAAGAUUGAUAAAGAAACAUUAAAUGAUCUUGUGUAUAUAAAUUAUAAUCUCAAGUUGGCAAGACAAAUGAAAAUGAAGUCUUCAGAAGCUGAUCCUCUCCAAUUUGAUGACAUUGAUAUGACUUCAGAGUGGGUAGAGGAAACUGAAAACCCAAGCCCUACUCAGUGGCUUGAUCGGUUUGGUUCUGCUUUGGAUGGGAGUGACUUGAAUACAAGACAGUUUAAUGCAGCUAUAUUUGGUUCGAGUGACACCAUAUUUGGUCUGUGAUUGUGCAAACUCAGUCCCUCAUGUAUUUUAUUCGAAAUGUGCUUCCAAAUCUUGUUUUCCCGGAUUCCCUCGUAGCAGGUGCUGUUCCUUAGACAGUUUCAUGCUCUUUAUUUUUGGUAGAGUAAUGAAAAAUGUAAUAGUAGAUAAUGUCUUGCAUUCUGUAGAUGACAGUGUAUACCUUGCAUGGAAAGCUUAUCAUUCAGUUCUACAA